UGUAUAAUGAAACAAAAUUGUAUGAUUUAAUAAUCUAGUCGAUAUAUAUGUUCGCAAGGGAAACACUUCCAAGAAUGUCUCGGCUUCCAAGCUCUGGGCCAGCCGAGACGCGAAUCAUACUUCAGAACAUCCAGCUCGUAAUGGAUCCGACAACACAUUUCACUUUCAACAACAGUUUCCAAGACCACACCACUCAUUCCCUUCUCCCAGUCUCUCGCAAACCCACAUUCCUUACCACUCAAUACAAUAGCGGCACAAUCUACGAUGCGGCAAUCGACCCAGCUGGCCUGAUUCAACUAAUCCCUUAUCGACCUCUCCUAUCUACAUCAUCAUCGCCUCUCUCCACGACCGAGUCAACCCCAUCCCAUCUACACCAUGCCCACCGACGAGAAACCCAACAAAUACGAACCGGUCCCCAUUCCCACCUACGACGAAGCCAUCGGUUCAUCCUCACGCACAACCCCCGUUCCCCGAGACGACAAUGCGCGCGAGGCCGCCGACCCGGCAGAGCGAGAAGGACUGCUUGGACCAGACACCGGGGCUCGCACACCAGUACCUACACGCAGAGCAGGAUACCGACCGCCAACAGUAGAAGAUGUUCCCGAUGAAGACGACGCCGAGCACGAUACGUUCCUCAAUCAGGAUGGCACGCCCGAUCAGCGGAGGCGGAACAGCGGAAGCAGCGAGGAGGACGAGGUACGGCGCGAGCUCCAGGAGAUGGACAUUGAGGAUCCGCCGGCAGCACAAUCCGCGUGGGGGAAACGCAUAUCCUCUCUCUCGCUCUCGCUACCCUUCAAAUGGAAGUGGCCGUCCGGUCUGGGCUUCAAGCCGCGCUGGCCUACGAUCGAUGCGAAUUUCUGUAUAGUGCUUGGACGAUGUUUCGCUAUUCUGCUGGUUAUGGCGGUCGUGUAUCUCCUGUUCAUGAGCGAUAUCUUUACGUCUGCGGCGCAGAGGAUGGCGGGUCAGAUGUUUGAACCGGAAAGCGUGAGGAUACAUGUUCAGCAGAUGGUGGAUGAGAAUCGUAUUAGGGAGUACCUCCGGAUUGUCACGAGUACGGAUCAUUUGGCUGGUACGGAGGGCAAUUUCGUCCUUGCGGAGUACGUGCAGGACUUCUUUAGGAGUAACUUCCUGGAGGACGUACAUAUGGACCAGUAUGAUGUGUAUUUGAACUUCCCGAAGGAAGGAGGGCGGAAGGUCGAGCUUGUGAAGGAUGACGGGAGUGUGCAGUGGAGUGCGAAGAUUGAUGAGGAUCCGGUCUAUGGCCAGGGGGUUAGAGCGCAGACGCCGGUUUUCCAUGGACAUAGUAAGAGUGGUGAUGUUACGGGCCCGCUCAUAUAUGCGAAUUACGGAUCGAGGGAAGACUAUAAGAGGCUGUACGAUAGUGGGAUUGAUACGAAAGGUGCCAUUGCGCUGGUAAAGUACUACGGAGGUCAAGGAGAUAGAGCAUUGAAGGUCAAAGCGGCUGAACUGGCUGGGUUCGCAGGGUGUAUAAUAUACAGUGAUCCACGGGACGAUGGAUUUGUGAAGGGAGAAGUUGCACCUGGUGGGAGAUAUAUGCCUGAAGGAGGUGUGCAGAGAGGUGCUGUCAGUCUGAUGAGUUGGGUCGUUGGAGAUGUAUUGACGCCUGGGUGGGCAAGUGUAAAAGGUGCAGAAAGGCUGCCCAAGGAAAACAACCCUGGACUUGUGAACAUUCCAAGUAUACCUCUGUCCUGGGGAGACGCUCAACAUCUUCUGAAAGCGAUAGAAGGUAUCGGCGAGGAAUGUCAAGACGAGGACUGGAAAGGAGGCAUUCCCAAUGUGGUAUACUGGUCUGGAAACUCGAGUUCGCCUAAAGUACACCUAGUGAACGACCAAGACGAGGUCGAGCAGCAGCCGAUCUGGAAUGUCAUGGGUAAGAUCACGGGAGUGGAGCAAAGGGAGAAGUCUGUCAUUGUGGGAAAUCACCGCGAUGCUUGGGUGUACGGAGCUACGGAUCCUGGGUCUGGGACAGCUGUCAUGAUGGAAGUCAUUCGCAUUUUUGGCGACCUUGUUGAGCGUGGAUGGAGACCCCUCAGAACCAUCGAGUUCGCAUCAUGGGACGGUGAAGAGUACAACUUGAUUGGCUCCACCGAAUACGUCGAGAAUAACAUGGACAAGCUACGACAAGAUGCUUACGUCUACAUUAACGUGGACGUGGCUGUUGGGGGCUCUGACUUCGUCGCAGCAGGCAGUCCCGUUUUCAAGAAAUCCCUCCUCCGGGUCUUGGACCGCACAAGCGACAUGGCGAAGAACGCUACUAUGCGAGAACUCUGGGACAAGCGGGGUGGUGAACUUGAUGGUCUGGGAGCUGGAAGCGAUUAUGUCGCAUUUCAAGAUAUGGCUGGUGUGUCCAGUCUUAACAUCGAGUUCACAGGCGAUAAAUUCCCUUAUCAUUCUGCCUACGACAACUUUGAGUGGAUGGAAACCGUUGGCGACCCAGGCUUCCAAUAUCACAAGAUUCUAGCUCAAAUCUGGGCUCUCCUGAUCCUGGAAUACUCGGACCGUCUGGUACUUCCUUUUGAUAUGUCCGCCUACUCCUCGGCUCUUACAAGAUGGUGUAUGGAUCUUGACAAUUGGGUUAAAGACAAGGGAAUCAAUGUCGAUGGCAACACGCCGUGGAGUAUCGAGCCGCUCAAGGAAGCUGUCCUGCAACUGGCGAAGGAUACGAAACUGUUUGAGAAGUGGGAGGAGGAAUGGGAUGCGGUCGUUCUUGGUGGAGGAGGUUUCGAGAGUGCGAUUCUGGCGGCGCAUAGGAAGAGCCACAAUAACCGGAUGGCGAACUUUGAGACGCAUUUGCUGGAUUUGGAGGAGGGUGGUGGUGUAUGUUUUACCUUUCCUCUCCCUUCCCCUUGAGCACUUUUUGCCUUCUCAUACCCUUUCCCCCCUAACAUACCUCUCCUACCCCUCUUCCUCGACCAAUAACCCGCACUCUGUACUGAAAAUUCACAGAUCCCGAACCGCACCCAAUUCAAACACAUCGUCUUCGGCCCCCAACUCUGGUCCGGCUACGACGAAGCUUUCUUCCCUGCCAUCCUCGACGCGGUAGAUGCUAGGGAUUGGACGUUAGCGCAGAAACAGGUUCAGAAAGCAGCUGAUACCAUUAUGAGGGCGAGUAGGAAGUUGAUUGGCAAUACGUGAUGCUAAGACGUAUGAUGUGAUUUUGUAUCCUGCCAGGGAUUCCUAUGUACAGAAACGGAGAGGAAUGGAAAAGGUGAAGGGGACUCUGCUACAAAGUAGGAGAGGCCAUUUUGUUCGUGGAUGAGGACCAUUCAAAAAAGACAAGCCAAGGCGAAGGAAGAUAGAGGUGGAGACGAAGGCGGAGAGAGACCUGUACAUUCAAUCUGCUUUCAGCGGUUCCUUUUUACUUCUUUCUAUGCGGACAGACAGACUGGCGGAUGACUGGCGAUUGCCUAUUCAUCCGCCUGUCGCACUUCAUGUCAGGUCAACUUGAGCGGCGUUCUCAACUGACUUCUUUGCAUAUCCGUACGGUGUUUGGGCGUUCUUUUUGGCAUGAUUCCGUCUGGCUUGGUUUGGUUUGGUUAAAGCAUGGAAUGGAUUGCAGAUUUCAAGUUCCUGCUUCCUUGAAUAGAGUAGACCUGCAAGGUGGAUUACUUGCGGGUGAUUGUCUGGUUGGUUCUUUUGUCUAGUGAGAUAGAUAGGUACAUGCAUACAUAUAUUCGAAAACGAAGCAGCUCGUUUUUCUGAAUAGGCUUCAUGUUGAUUUUAGUGAUGAGAUUUAGGUCGUGUCUGGGUUUUGUGCAAUGACGAGAUAGAUCCAAU